AUGCCACGAAAAACCAAAGUCGUACCUCAUUUGAAUACUUUAAACAAAAAACGAUAUUCAACUACCACUGUCGAUGAAAACGAUGGCUCUGGAUCAUCUGAAGAAUUUGAGGAAAUGGAAAGUGAUUCAAACAACAUGGCAGAUGAUGAAGUUGUUGAUUUUCAAGAUAAAAUCUCCAUCGAAAAUAUUGCUGAUGUUUUUGAGUUGUGCCAAGCUACUUGUCCAGUGAAAUAUCUCAGUGUUCUUAUGUACAUGAGUCUGAGACAUUUAGGUAUCAAAUGGACUGAUAGUGAUAAUAUUCUACGUCAAAUCGGUGCUUUUAAAAGCGAGACCUCGCAUAAGUGGUCGAAAGCUUUUCUGUCCGGGGAUUUUGAUGAGUUUGUCAGUGAAAAUCGCGGCGGAAAGCAUUCGCCAGAUUUCUGGAAUUAUUUUCCAGAAAUCGAAAUCAGCGCCAAACAAUUUACACUUGAACGUUGUUCUCAAAAAGUUGCGAGUUUCACCUCAAUGGAUCUAGCACUAUUUAUCGACACCGCUUAUUAUGAAACUAUUGGUAUAACAAAAGAUACAGAUUCCGAAUUAAUUCGCUCAGUUUCGUCCUGCAGAAACGAUCUACGUCGGUGGGGUGCGACUUUCAAAGAGAAUGGUGCUCGCCCCUAUUUCGAGGGGCAUGAACGCCAGGAUGUUGUUGAAAGUAGAAAAGCAUUCAUCGAUAGCUUUCUUUCCAGACAAGAUUCGUUUUACACAGUGUCAGACGAUCCGCAGUUGCCUGGAUGGCAAGUUCCAACAAAACAAAAUCCUUCUAUCAUUCUCUUUCAUGAUGAGUCAACUUUCAAAUCUGAGGAAGUUGCCCAAAGAGAUGGUGCUUCGGAGACUCUGCUCCCUUUUAUUCGAAGAGUAAAGAAAUACCAUCAACUAGGUGCACCAACAGUCUUAGAAUAUGUUCUAAACACUGCCAGCGCUUCACUCAACGUUGGUUAUGAUAAUUAUCUGGAUAAUGCUGCAGUUCUAGGACAGUGUGAGCGCCUGUUCCAGAUGAUAGAAUUUAAGGAAUGUUUCAAAGGACAUACAAUUGAAUGUGUUUUCGAUCAAGCACGUACACAUACAGCUAAGUCUCAUUCAGUUAAUGACUUUAGUCGCUCAGUUGGCACUAAGUGUACUGUUGAUAAAAUUCAAUAUCUCGAUCCAAAUGGAAAAGCAAGAUCAAUCGACUGUUUCUUUCAGAGUGGCCCAAAUAAGGGUCUAAGUAAAGGGCUCGACGUCAUUGCAAAAGAGUUAGGUAUUGCCCAACCCGAAAAAUUCAAACUUCCUGCCUUACGUGAUCAUCUCUCAACUCAUCCAGCAUUUCAAAAUGUCUCUCGUCUCGAACUUCUUGUGCAAAAGUACCACGUAAGAAUUCAUUUCUGUCCUAAAUUCCAUUACGAGCUCUUCGCAAAUCAUAUUGCUAAUCUAUUACAACCAUACGAAUAUGAAACCGUAUGCAGCAAUGUGAAAUGUCCAGUUAGAAGAAAAUCUCAUCAAAGCUCUCGUUUAUCAUUCAAUGUGAAAAAUGGCAACAUUCAAGAUCAAAUUAUUGCUGAAUUUGGUACUCGAAGUCGGGAGAAAUGUGGUGCUGAACUAAACAGAUGGUCUUCAGACACGCCUUUGCCGAAAACUUUCGAAUAA